UAGAGUGGGCCUUGAGGCUGAACACAAGCGGUGAGGGUGAACAAUUUCAGUGUGUAAAAAAGCACCGCUGGAUUAAUUUGUACAAAGAGGUAAAUGAUCUACCAGUGCGGGAUUUUAUCAAUCAGAUAACUCGUUAAUAAAUCAUUAAUCAAUUGAAUUGUAAAAACCAUCCAAGUAGUCUGCUUUGCAAACCCCUAGCAUCACAAUUUGUACAUAAUAUACCCCCAAAUAUUUCCUAUUUCAUUCCAAAAUAUUUUUAAACGCCCGAAAAAAUAAUAAAAUUUCCCGAAAAAUUCAGAACUUAUCAGAAAAAAAAACAAGAAAAAUGUAAAAAAAAUCGUAAAAAUUUCAUCUCUCCAAACCGGUGAGUCAAGUGUUGUCAAAAAAUAGCGGCGAGGCGGCACUGUAUGUCAUAAUUGAUUCAAUUGUUAAAUUUGUCUCGAUUCCAACGGUUUCACCCAAUAAAAAUCCAAAAACAAUUUUUUUUCACCUUAAAACCUUCAAAACCCUGAAAAUUCAUAAAAUCCAAUCGUAAAAAUGGGCAAUGCCGUGAGGAGCGACACUUCGUGAGACAUUUUGUGAGAAAGAGAGAAAGAACGAGCAAAAAAAAUAGUCGUGGGUUUUGUUAGUGCGACGCCGGUUGGAGUCGGGGGGAUAACCUUCAAAAUCGAAGCUUCCUUUCAAACCCUCGGGGACGAGCCUUCGAUAGGGAUAAUGAAGUGGCUCAGUACGAGCAACAUCGGCGGUGAACCGGCACCACAAAUGCAGCUACAUCAUCCAUCCGCCAAUGGCCACAUACCCACUGACGUAGAUCAGUGUGGACAGGUAAUGGCAAGUGGUGAUGCAGUGCGUCUUCAAGCUGGACAGACAAGUCAAAUGGGCAUAAAUAGAGCCCAGGAUGACGCUAUGGUAGGUUAUGGAUUCCAGAGGCCAGCAGAGCCUGAAUUCAAUGCCCAGGCAUCAACGUUUCAGACUAAACAGACACCACGUGCUUGGGCUCUGGCAGAUGAUCCCAUCAUCGACAACAGCCACGAAAAAUGGAAAUAUCCAAUGACUAAACUCAGUGUACCACAACAGAGUCAACCACCCCAGUUUGGACUUCAGGCGAUGAAUAAUGUACAUACCGUACCUUAUGAAAUACAUCCAAUGCAACUCAAGAGUGGAGGACCCGGUACCGAGCACCUCGUCUACCUGAACAAUCAGAUGACCUCCCAGCAACUCGCCCUCUUCCAUCAUCAGCAUCAACAGCAGCAACAACAACAGCAACAACAGCAGCAACAACAGCAACAACAACAGCAACAGCAGUUCAGAAAUGGACAGAUCGCACCCUCGGCUAAAAAACUGUGGGGCGUGGAUGAGGGCGGUUCCAAGGAUGAGGGUGGUGUCAAGGGAGGUGGGAUACUUCAUCUUGGUGAUCAUCAGAUGUGGCGAGAUUCUACCUGGAGUACCCCAGAUCAUGCCGUCUCACAACCGAUCUCGAUGGGGACUGGAAGGCGAGUUGGUGUUGGUACUGGAUAUCAUCAUCAAACAUCUGAGGUUGGAGCUGUACUCAGCCCCAGAAGCAGUGAGACUGGUGGUCUUGGUGUCAAAAUGGUUGAAUACGUGCUGGGUUCAAGUCCAACAACACCGAAAGAUCUGGAGCCUCGAAUGGUUUCCCUACGAUUGAAUGAUAAUACAGAUAAAAAGGACAAGGAUAAAGGUGCAGCGAGUCCGUUUGACGGAUCUAAAGAUGAUAAUGGACCUCAGGGCAAUGGACUUACCUCUCAGAACGGUCUCGAUGAUGACAAAGGAUUCAAAAAUAUUUUUGUCUAUUGUAGUCGUACUCCAGGAAGUAGACAACCAUCUCCUGGUGAGGAGGACUUCCAAAAGAAUGCAGGGGCUACACUGGCUGUUAAUACUGGUGCUGGUGGUGUUGUUCUGUUGAAACCUGGUGAUGUUGUGGGAAGUGAGGAGCAUUAUAUGACAGCAUUUGCACCAGCACCACAUCAUCUCCAGCAUCAUCAACCACCUACUCAUCAUCUUCAGCAUCCUCAUUCACAUGCUGCUCAGUUGUUUGGUGCUCAGGGGCCAUUGCCACCACAGGGACCACCUCAGGCUCAACAGCAACAGCAGCAGCAGGGACCUCCACAGCCUCAGGAUACGACCACUCAUUUUGAUGUUCAGCAAUUGUUCAGGAGUCAACCGCAAGCUGCAACACCCCAACAGCUCCAGAUACUCCAGCAACAGCAGCAACAACAAUAUUUGGCAGCAUCGCAAGCAUCACAGACCCAACAACAACAGCAACAGCAAAAUUUUCCAACAGCUCCGUACACUGUUAUCAGCGGCCAGGAGCCUUAUGUCGGUGCACUCAUCGCUGGUGCCCCACCAGUGGUACCCCAGUAUUAUGGAGUUGGUCCAUGGGUCUAUCCAGCUGGACUACUACCACAGGCACCACCACAAGCAGCAGCACCACCACCCAGGAGACCACUUACACCGUCCUCUGCAGCAGCAGCAGCUGCUGCACAAGAUAGUGCUAACAAUCUUGCACAAACGGUUCAAGGACAGUAUCAAGUAAUUCCAGCAUAUUACGAUCAAAAUGGAUCAAUAGUGAUGGGUGGUGUGCGUGGAUUAGGAUCAGCAGCAACUCCAAUGAGACUCGUCAGUCCAGCACCAGUUCUAGUGAAUCGAGCACCAUCGCAACCACCCCCAGGGCCACCAGCACCACCUCCACCAAGCUUAUAUUCUCAACCGACCCCAACAUCACACAGUAAUGCUACACCAGGCGAAUGUUUAGGUCUGGCAGCUUGCAGUGCGGCAGCAGUGGUUGCACAGGCACAGGCAGUUGCCGUGCAACAGGCACAACAACAGGGCUCAGGACUUGCCGCUGGCCUGGCUGCUCUCGGUUACGGUGGUUCACCACUGGGUGCCCUCGGUUCCCCAGCUCAGCUUCAGAGCACAGGUUUGGGUCUUGGUGCAUCAUCAACUGGCAGACGGGAUUCAUUUGAUCGGAAUACAUCUGCCUUCAGUCCAAGUCUCGAAUAUAAUCGUGGAAAGUGGCCUCAAAGCUAUGGCGCAUUAGGAACUGUAACAGCCUCACCAAGUCCUCUCGGACUCUCCCUGACACCUCCACCGUCCAUCGGUGGAUCAUUGGGCGGUUUAGUAGGUGGUGCGAAUCGCGUUUCAGCUGCACCAGGUGCUGAGGCGAAAUUCAGGGCGAGUACAGUUCCAGCUCUCACUGCCAAUGGUGUCUUUGGAUCGAGUAGUUCGUUGUUUCCAAAUUUGGUUGGUAAACCAGGUAGGGGAGGAACCGCUGGAGUAGGGGACAAAGGAGCUGGGGGACGAUCACGGCUAUUGGAGGAUUUUAGAAAUAAUCGUUUUCCGAGUCUUCAAUUACGCGACUUGGCAAAUCACAUUGUGGAAUUCAGCCAGGACCAGCAUGGCUCUCGGUUUAUCCAACAGAAGCUUGAACGAGCGACAGCCGCCGAGAAACAACUUGUUUUCCAAGAGAUUCUGGCGUCUGCUUAUUCAUUGAUGACCGACGUUUUUGGGAAUUACGUGAUACAAAAGUUCUUCGAAUUCGGUACACCAGAACAAAAAUCAACGCUUGCACAAAAGGUACGAGGUCAUGUGCUACCCUUGGCACUUCAAAUGUAUGGUUGCCGUGUUAUCCAAAAGGCUUUGGAGUCAAUUGGACCGGAACAGCAGCAAGAAAUCGUUCGUGAACUGGAUGGACACGUAUUGAAAUGUGUCAAAGAUCAAAAUGGCAAUCACGUAGUGCAGAAAUGCAUCGAGUGCGUUGAGCCACGUGCACUGCAAUUCGUUAUCGGUGCAUUUGCCGGACAGGUUUAUUCAUUAAGCACACAUCCGUAUGGUUGUCGUGUUAUCCAACGCAUUUUGGAGCACUGUACACCAGAACAAACACAGGGAAUACUGCAGGAAUUGCAUUCAGCCACUGAUCAGCUAAUUCAGGAUCAGUAUGGCAAUUAUGUCAUUCAACAUGUGCUUGAACAUGGAAAAAUUGAGGACAAGGCGCAGUUGAUCAACAGCGUUAGGGGCAAAGUUUUGGCAUUAUCACAGCACAAAUUUGCCAGUAAUGUCGUAGAAAAGUGUGUUACACAUGCUACAAGACAGGAGCGGGCCGUUCUCAUUGAGGAAGUUUGUGGAUUCAAUGACAGUGCAUUAAAUGUGAUGAUGAAGGAUCAAUACGCCAACUAUGUAGUUCAGAAGAUGAUCGAUGUAGCCGAGCCAGCUCAACGCAAAGUACUGAUGCAUAAAAUCCGACCCCACCUUAAUAGUUUACGUAAAUACACCUAUGGAAAGCAUAUAAUCGUGAAACUUGAGAAAUUCUUUAUGAAGACAGCAUCAGCAAUGGGUGUGUCGACUCCAGCUGGGGCUAACUCAGGCACGGGCGAUCUGGGCCCCAUCGGACCACCAGCCUCUGUUGCGGGUCCUGUACAGACGACUGCUCAGCAGCCAACACAGGUCUUAUAAAUUAAGAAUUCCCCAAAAACGUCACAACUAAUUCAUCGUAACACUCGAAACGUGAAUUUUAAACUUUUGAAAUAUUAAAUAAAACACCUUCAGAGGUAUUUCCCAUGUAUCUGAAACUCUUGUCAUGAUGAAAAUACUUUUGUUUGAUUGAAAUUAAUUAUCACUAAAACUCCAAAUUGUGAAGAAAAAAAGUUGACGUAAACGAACUUUUCAUCAUUGCGAGUGUUGCACUGAUCUCGAAGGGAUAAAGAGAAAACAACUCCUAAUAACAACGAUUUUUUUCACCGUUAUUUGCUUAAUUUAAUGAUUACUCAUUUUUAAGACAAAAAAAUCAUGGGAGUGAUGAAUUUAAUUGAUUCUUCAGCUAAACUGAAAAAUCUCGUUGUUGAACCACAUGAACGAUAAUGAGUGAUCGAUCAUCGUAGAAAUUUUAUUUCACAAAACAAAAGUUUUCUUUUCUUCCCAUUUUUUGCUUAUUAAAAUUUCCAAAAUAGAUAAUUAUGAGGUUUACGAAAUUAUAAUUUAGUAUGAUGAGGAGAAGUUAAAUUUUACUUUUUCUUUUAAUUUGAAAAAUGAACAAUAAAAAGAGUAUCCACUUUUAGUUUGAAAUCUAUCAAAACAACUGAUUAUUCUUUCGUAAUAAAUCUCAAAGAAAAAUCCCUGGAAAUAUAUUGAUAGAAAAAGCAAAAGUAUAGUGAACGAAAAUUUCGAGAAAUGAAAAAAAAAAGAAAAAUAACAGUUUAAUGAAAAAUUGAAAACCACUCUGAAACAAAGUGAGGAACUGCAUCCCCCUCCCAGCCCACCCUCCCUAUUGUUCACCCCCAUUAUUUCCCUAUUACCGCAAAUUUUGUAAAUUGUGAUAUAAAUAUUGAAUAACGAAAUGUGUAUAGAUACGACAAAACCAUCUCCCCUUUCUUUCAUUAAUUAAAUUUUUUUUAAUUCCAUCCCCCCCCCGUCCAUUCAUUUCAACAGACUCUGUGAAUAUUAUGUAUUAUAAUAAUUACAAAUUAAUUGAAUCUAAAAAAAUGGAAGAAAUGAAAAACAACAUGAUGAGAGAGAAAGCACUCAAGAAAAAAAAAUCAUCACUGAAAAAAAUUUGUUUUCAUUGUUUCGAUUUUUCCUUUGAUCUUUAUACAAAGAUUGAUAGUUCAAAGAUAUUCUCUCGUCCACAUCGGAUCGAUCCCCCCCCC